AUGACUGAUGCAGAAUUAGAGAUCCUGAUGUCGAAUUCUUGGUCGUGCAAUAAAUGUGAGGCUAAGUUACGCAGUCAACGAAAUGAUAACACAGUUGCAACGCCGGUGAAAUCAUCGCCAGGUAACGCUAGUACUCUGUCCGACGUAUCAGCGGAUUGCUUCAGGACAACUAUGUCCGACCUUGAAAAAAAAUUUGGUGAGGGUCAGGCAAGAUUAGAACUUUCGCUUGAAACUUGUUUGAAUAAGAUCAGUGCAAAUUCUGACACAUUAAUUAGGCUGGAGGGUAUAAUAAAGGCCCAGCAGGAUAUAAUAUUGCACUUAAAAACUGAAAACACUAAACUAAAAACAAGUGUAGAGGUGCUUAACGAUAGGGUGGAUUCACUCGAACAGUAUGGCCGUAGAAACAUGCUCGAGAUACACGGGGUUCCUACUGUGCAUGGGGAAAAUACUAGAGACGUUGUGCUAGCCACGUGUAAAGCAGUCGGAGUUGACCUGGGUCCGGAGGCGAUAGACAGCUGCCACCGCCUGCCCAAGGGGGCAAACCAACACUCCCCCGGGAUCAUCGUCAAAUUCGUACGACGAGAUGACGCGCACAAGGUACUAGAUAAGAAGAAACACGUGAGGAGACUUUCCACUCGCGACGUCGGAUUUCAAGCGGAGGAUCGCCCAGUGUUCAUCAAUUUGUCACUUACUCUGGUACGUAGAAAGAUUCUAUCGCAACUAAAGAAGCUCCAAAAAGAGAAGGAUUUUAAAUAUGUGUGGGUGGAUAGAGCAGGAAACAUAAAAGUAAGACCAGUGGAUAAGGGAAAAGUGUCAAUGAUUAACAGUGAUAAGGAUCUGGAAGCUUUUAUUGCUGCUAUGGUUUAA